CGGGCAAACGCCGCCGCUUCACUGCUCCACCCUCUCUCGCGCUCAGGGACGGCAACUUCUCCGGCGACUGGCCACCGCAUCCUCCCACGCUACCAGAUCGACGCCCACCCCAUCCUCCUCGCUCUUCCUCGCGCGCCUCCGCAGACCUACGCGGAAGCCGACCUGGCCUCUCGCCCUACCGCUACGCCUCCCUACCCCCGGUAGGGUGUUUUGUUUGUCGAGGGAAUGUCUGCCUCGGAAAACCAAGAUGCUGAAACCAGCAAGGACACUGAUGAUACGAAAGCAGAUCGUCCUUGGAACAUCAUACAUAUACGUUUACCACCGAGGAAGAGUCUGUCCGACGCCUCCCUCAUACUGAGCAAGAAAGUACCUAGGAACACUGCAAGUAAGGAGGUACCUGAACCUAUUACUGACAAACCAGGCAAGGGUGAGGCAAGCAACCAUUCCCCAACAGCAGGACUGUGUAACAAGGCCAUUAGCAACAUCAUGAGCAACACAAUGUCUGCUGAAUCCGAGAGUGAUACCUCAGGUGACAAACUGCUGGAACUGGGUGAUGAAGCAAAUGUCAGUGCCCUGAGCAAGAACCUGAGAGUCUCUGCUGAAGAACAAGGAAGUGAUGCAAGCAGUUACGCUGCUAAACAGGGAUUGUGUGAAGAGGCCAACAACAACAACAACCCAGGCAUGAUACUUGUACCAGUUCUUGAAUUCCCUGAAGAUAAUAACGUCAGCAGCCCAAGCAAGAACCAUGCAACCACCGGAAUGCAGGGUGAAGCGGAACGUAACAACUCCCCAAGAAAGAAACUGUUCUAUAAUACUGACAGUAAAGUGGCGGAUGAAGAGGGUAACAGCCCAAAGUGGAACAUAACAAUCAGCACUGAGCAGGUGUUUGAAGGAUCUAGCUACCCCAUUCCCACCAAGCUGUCUGAUGAGGUAAAAAACAAUGCCCCAAGCAGUAGACCAACUGACCCAGCUAACAAAAGCAGCCCACACAAGAGGCUUACCUCUUCAGUGCAGGCUACUGGUACCAGCCAGAACAUCCCUGGAAUGAAUCUUUCUCCUUCUGUUUGCCAGGCUGUGGAGCAAAGUACAAAUGGUGCAAAGAUGGAGGUCAUAAAGGUGUAUCAAGAGUUCGAGGAGAAGGUCAAGCAAAAUGUAUACCUUGACCUCUAUCACCAGGAAAAAAAGGCUAAGACCAACCCAAACAUGACGCUGUCAAUCAAUGCUAUCGAGUGUGAGGUGUUUGAAGAUGCUAACUACCUCAUUCCCACCCGCAAGCUCUCUGAUGUUGCUAGAAACAAGGCCCCAAGCAAUAGACCAACUGAUCCAGCUAAGAAAAGCAGCCCACACAAGAAGCCGCGUACCUCUGCUCUACAGGCUACCUGUACCAGCCAGAAUACAUUUGGGAUGAAGCUUUCCACUUCUGAUGGCCAGACUGCUAAUCAAAGUAAGACUGCUGCAGCUUUGGAAGCCACAAAACAGUAUCCUGGGCAGACUAACAAUACAGGAUGUAAGGAAGCACCUAAACUGAUUAAUGACAACACAGGCAAGAAUCUGACAACCGCUCCAGAACAGGGUGAAUUAAGCAGCCAGUCCCCAAAAGUGGGACUGUGUGAUGGGGUCAAUAGAAACACCCGUGACAAGACACUGUCUGAUGAAUCUCAGAGCGAUGUCUCAGGCGACAAAAUACCAAAUGAGGCAAAUGACAGCACCCUGAUCAAGAACCUGAGGGUUGCUGCUGAAGAGCAAGGAAGCGAUGCAAGCAAUUACGCCAGACUGUCUGAAGAGGCCAACAACAACAUCCCAAGCAUGAUUGAUCUUCUACCAGUUCAGGAAUUGCCUGAAGAUCAUAUCGAGAAAAACCCAAGCAAGAACCUUACAACCACCGGAAAGCAGGAUAAUGACGAGCAUAACAAGUCCCUCAGAAAGAAACUGCUAUAUGAUACUGAUGGUAAAGUGGAAGAUGAAGAGGGUAAUUGCCCAAGCUGCAAACCAAGAAUCGCCGCUAUGAAGUAUGUGAAGCUGUUUGAAGAAGCUAAACAUCCCAUUCCCUGCAAGAAGCUGUCUGAUGAGGCUAAAAACAAUGGCCCAAGCAAUAGACCAACUGAUUCAGCUAACAAUAAAUCUGUGUACAAGAGGCGGCGUACCUCUUCAGUACAGACUACUGGUAUCAGCCAGAACACCCCUGGAAUGAAGCUUUCUGCUUCUGUUAGCCAGGCUGUAGAGCAAAGUAUCAACACUGCGAACAUGGACAUCAGUCGCAUCACAAAGGUGUAUCAAGAGUUUGAGGAUAAGAUCAACCGAACUGCUUCUGUUAGCCAGGCUACAGAGGUUAAGACCAAUCCAAGCGGGACGCUGUCAAAGACUGCUAUAGAGUGUGAGGUGUUUGAACAUGCCAACCACACCAUUUCCACAAAGAAGCUUUCUGAUGUUGCUAGAAACAAGGCCCCAAACAAUACACCAACUGAUCCAGCUAAGAAAAGCACCCCAUGCAAGAAGCCACGGACCUCUGCAGUACAGGCUGCAGUUGCCAGCCAGAAUACAUCUACAAUGGGGCUUCCCAUUUCUCAUGGCCGGGCUGUUAAGCAAAGUAAGUGUGCUGAAGAUUUGGAAGCCAUAAAACAGUAUCAAGAGUUUGUGGAGAAGGUGAAGCGAACUGUAUACCUUGACAACCUCUCUCACCAGGUUACAGAGGCUGUCAUAAAAGCAGCUUUGAGUCAAUUUUGUACUAUCAGGAAGGUAAGUUUUGUUGUGAACUACACCAUUCCCUAUAAUAUCCCACAAUCUGCAUUAGUAGAGAUGGAAACUGAGAAGGAUGCUGAAGUUGUGGUGAGUAUGCUGCAUGACUUCCCUUUUAUGAUGUCUGGAAUGCCGAGGCCUGUUAGGGCAAUUCAAGCUACGGCUGAGAUGUUCAGUGAUCGCCCAAGGAGACCUGGCAGUAAGUUAAAGUUCCGCUGGAUGAGCAAUACAGAUCCUGACUUUAGGAUGGUCAAGAAGUUGAAGUUGCUUUCCAGGAAACACGAAGUGGAGAACUUGGCGCUAAUUGAGCAUGAGCUAGAAGAGGAGAAGUUGGUAGCAGCGAAGCAACAGGAGGAUCUGGAUGUCAAUUACGAGAUGAUGGAGACUAUGGACAGCGUCCUUGGCAUGGCUAAUUACCUGUCUAGCAUUUACAACGUCAAUUGGAAUGACGUGUUCUGAAAAUGGCUACCUGUUCGUGGUCCUCUUUUUUGUACAGCGUGGGUACUAACCUCUGGAUACGCCAGUACGAUCUGGUUGAAGUUGGCUGUUUAACCGCAGAAUCUGAGAGUAGGAUGGUUCAAUUGUUAUUACUUUGAAAAAAAGCUAAACUAGCUCCCCCCUGA